AUGUGGAUAAGGAGGAUCCUGGCUGGGCGGAGGUCAUCGUUGAAGCUCGCCAUCCCUGGCGACCGCUCCCCAACUUCUCCCCGCCGUCGCUCCCCGGCCUCCUCGGGCUACAUGUGGGUGGACAGAAAUGGGAGGCCAGUCUCGCCCCCUUCUAACCACUCCCGGAGCCCCUCCUACAACGAGAAGUCUACGUAUAAGAAGGUGAUCGUUGCGGUAGAAGAUGACUUGACCUUAGGCUUAAUGAUACGAGGAGGAGCUGAAUAUGGACUGGGAAUUUACAUCACUGGAGUAGAUGCGCCAUCUGCUGCUGAUAUAGCAGGAUUGCAGAUUGGAGACCAAAUUCUGUCCGUAAAUGACAUCGAUUUCACCAACAUCACGCACGACGAGGCCGUCUCCUUACUACAGUCCUCACCCCACAUGUCCAUGGUUGUCCGAAGCGAAGGCAAAGUACCUCACUCCACCAUCCCUUACUCUUCCAGCAAUACAGGUGCUUCCACUUCUGGAGCUUGGUACACAGAGCCUGCGCACGGCAGAUCAGAAUUAUCUCGGAAAGGGAGUCCAAGAAAGAGGGACCAUAAAGUUGAAGAGCCAAAACCUUCAACUUCCACUUCGGACAACGCUCAGCAUCGUCUGGAAAGGAAGUCUAGAAAAGUUCUCACAGAAAGUCAGAAAAUUAUGUUAGAUUAUUAUUGUAAUGAAUACGAAACGGGAGUCAUGUCAGUGGAUGCCUUUGUUUCUGUAUUACUAGAGCAACUAGACACGCCAGAAAAGUAUUCCUUGAUGACAGAAAUCCGGUCACUAGUAAGAGACGAAGACCUGGACAAGUUUGACGAACUUAUUUACCGAAGAGAAUUGCAAGUUAUGAAGGUAAAUCUUCCUAGGAAAACUAAGCAACUGCAGCCUGUGGAAAUCCGUGCAGAGCAUGCUGAUGAUCACGUCUCACCUCCGGUAAAGGUUUUUCGAUUAGAGAGAAACAAUCUGCAAACAAUGCGAAGAAGGCAGCAGCAACAAGAUGUUCAUCAUCUGACAGUCCCCGACCACCCGGAGGACAUGCACACCCCCAGUGAAGACAGUGGUGUGGACCUGGCGAACGGGGCCUUUUACGGACACGGAAGUAGGAAAGGAAGCAGGGUCUCUACGGGUUCAAGAGAUUCUAUUACCAUAGAAACAAAGCAACUGCAACGAAAACCUAGUCCAUGGAGGACGAGUCCAAGAAGCAGCACGAGGAAGUCGUUUGACGGCACCUCCAGUUUGAGGGACGGCAACCAAGCCACCAGGAUGCGGAGGACGACCUUCAGGAGGCACAGCAGUGGUGGUGAGGGGGUGAACCCUGAGGACAGAAGACCACGACAUCGAUCACAUGAGGACAGACGGUGGAGCAUUGGAAGCGAGUUGGUGGACACUCCAUUCGUUGAAGGUCACCUGGUGUUGAAUCAGUUGGCAACUAUGACAACUCUCUAA